UUACAUUUCUUGAAAGAAAAAAAAAUUGUACCAACCAAGCAUCGAGUUGGGAAGCUGCGAGGAAUUGAUAAGUGAUUGAUGUUUGUGUAUUGGGUUCAGAGAUCAAGUGGACUUGUUUCUUUUCUUCGUCAACACGCAAAGGAAUUCUUCUAGAAAAAAAAAAGGGCAAGCCGUAAGGGUGAGAGAGUGAGAGUGGCAGUAUAAAUUCUAAAUCGAGUUGGGAAGCUGCGAGGAAUUGAUAAGUGAUUGAUGUUUGUGUAUUGGGUUCAGAGAUCAAGUGGACUUGUUUCUUUUCUCCGUCAACACGCAAAGGAAUUCUUCAAAAAAAAAAAAGAAAAGGGAAAGCCGUAAGGGUGAGAGAGUGAGAGAGUGAGAGAGUGAGAGAGGCAGAGUGGCAGUAUAAAUUCUAAAUCGUUAAUCAGAUUUUUGCUUGUCGGUGUCAUCGGUGUAGACGAGAAGCUUACGGUGUAGACGAUCAUCAGUAACUGGGAAAUUGCAGACAGAGGGUUCAAUUAUCUCUCUCCGGCACUUUUAAGGGUUCAUUCCUUUCCUCUUAUCAUUUUCGAUUGAUUCUCCUUUUUUCCUCUUUGUUAAGAUAUCCCUAGUUGUUUGAGGGUGUGAGAUUAUGUACUUGUUAGUUCGAUUCGAAGAGGUUGUUAAAAUCUCUUCUGAAUCAAUGAAGAGUGGCAAUUGGUUAGACAAACAACUCUAACUGUGAGUGUGUGUAUUUGGGUCAUGCGAGAGAUGGGCUCCUUUCAGAUUUUAGAUUCCAAUAUGACCAUUGGAGUCCUAUAACUAAGAGAGCUUUUAAUUCUCAUGCUUUGGGCAAUUGAAUUAAUUUUAGUCAUUUCAGUGUAGCUUAUGGGUCCAUUUUUGGUCUCUGCCAAUAAUUUGCAUUUCUAUCAUAACUUGCAAUAGCUAUAUUUUGUUGCUAUGAUUAUUUUAGUAGCAUUUUCGGUGGUCUGAUGUUUUUAUGAUAACAGCAGGAUGGAAAUUGUUCAGUGUUCAAUUCAAGACAAGUUGGAUAAUGUGCCAGAAAAUAUACUAGAAAACAUAUUUUCACGUUUGUCAAUGAUAGACAUGGUUAGGACCAGUGUUCUAUCAACUAACUGGAGAUACAAAUGGGUUUCAUUUCCACAUCUCAUAUUCAAUGAUAAAUGUAUUCCAAGUUCUAAUGGUUCACUUGAUCAUGAUAAACUUGUGAAAAUUAUCAAUCAUGUUCUUGUAGUUCAUAGAGGCCCAAUUCAGACAUUUAAGAUCACUAGUUCGCAGUUGCAAACUUGUUCUGAGAUAGACAGUUGGAUUCUUUCUCUCUCAUUUCAUUCUUUGACUGUAUUUGAACUUCAGAUUUCUAAAUCUGAGCGUCAUAGUGUUCUUCCAUGUCUAUUCUCCUUUAAACAACUGAUUCGUCUAAUGCUGAUUCACUGCAUAAUCACACUUCCUGUGACGUUCAAAGGUUUUAGCUGUCUCACAAGUUUGUAUUUGCAAAGAGUUACAAUAUCUGAUGUAGCAUUGAAAUGUUUGGUUUCUUCCUGCCAUCAACUAGAAAGGUUGACAUUGAUUCAUAUCGAUGGUCCUACUCAUAUUGAAAUUAGCAAUCCAGAACUCAAAUACUUGCAUAUCUCUGGAAAUUUCGAUGGUAUAUGCCUUAAAGAUUUGAGACUUUUAGUUUAUGCAAGCUUUUAUGCAACAACGGGGGCUUAUCCUGAUCGACAGAUGAUAACCUACAAUUUUAGCAACAUUCUUGGCUCUCUACUCAGUAUUCAAGAGCUUCAGUUAAGAGGCUAUUUUCUACAGUACUUCACUGUUAGUGAUGCGGAAAUGAGGCUUUCUUCUACUUAUGAUCAUUUGAAGACCAUCUCCUUCUCAUUAAAUGCAGAGGAUAUGCAUGAGAUUUUAGUUGCUAUAUGUUUCCUUAAUAGCUUCCCUAAUUUGGAAGAGCUUGACAUCAUGCUCUGGCAUAGUAGGAGAUCUGCGAUUGCUCUUGUUAUGAAUAUUCAAGAAGCAAAGGAUCAAUUGAAGUCUACAUUCAACCGACUCCGGGUUGUACAUAUUUCUCAAUUCUAUGGCAUAGAGAUUGAAUUGGUACUUGUUAAAUUUAUCCUUGCCAAUUCGCCAGUGCUUGAGACGAUGAAAAUCUGUCAUGAGAUAAAUGACACUGACACAGUAUUGACUUUGUCGAAAGAAUUGCUUCGAUUCAAAAGAGCUUCACCACAAGCAGAGAUUGUGUACUAGGACUUCAAAACUUGAAUAGAAUUGAUCCAAGUUGGUGACCACUUGAGCUCCAUUCAAGCCCCCUUUAUUUGAAGUGUCUUAGCAUUAGGUGUGUCAAGCAUUCAAGCCCCCCUCCCCUAUUUUAAGUGUCUUAGCAUUAGGUGUGUUUGAGGUCACAUGCAUAUGUUGAAGAGCGCUCCAAUUGAAACUAGUGACCAAGGCUUGAUUUUUAUUGCUCUCUGGGAUCCUAAUGAUAUGGCAAUUGUAGCACUCA